AUGCGGACUCUACUCAGCGGCUGGCGAGCCUUGCAGUCAGGAACCAUCGGCCAACGAUCAUCGAGGACUUCCAGGACGAACACAAGCAUCAUUACCGUGUCAGGAGCCGUGUCCAGAGGUCUCCGGCAUCAAAGCAAUCAUCAUCAAGGAUCCUCAUUUGGCUCAAAUCAGCACAAUGGCUCGGUUCUUCAAGGCAGGCAGAGGAUGGCUGAACAGAAAUGGUCGACUAGCAUGGUCUUCCUAACUUCGACCUUGAUCGGAUCAAUCAUGUAUGUGGUCGGGAUCAACGUCCAAUUGAAACAAGCCGAUGGACUGGCUAGUAAGACGGCCGACGAGAAAUUCCCGAGCGUCCCUCAACCGUCCCCGGAGGACUUCAGGACGGCCUUGGAGAAGAUCCAGAAGAUCUUGCCCGUAGACUGUGUCAGUUGGCAUCGAGAAGACUUGCUCUAUCAUGGCACUUCCCCUUGGACUUAUCAUCAUCCUGAUUGUCUUCCUGGGGCAGUCCUCUAUCCAAGAUCGACAGAAGAUGUAUCGAAAAUAGCCAAGAUCGCAUACAAGUACGGGAUACCGAUCGUGCCUUUCUCCGGUGGGACAUCUCUCGAAGGCCACUUCAAUGCCCCUUCAUCUAAUCCACAAUCGACCGUUCAAAACAAUCAGCCGGAUGGGGAUCAUACUCAGCUUCUUCAACCCGGUCACUCUUUCACACUCGAUUUCUCCAGAAACAUGGACAAGAUAAUCUCCAUUCAUGAGUCAGAUUUGGAUGUCGUCGUCCAGCCUGGGAUCAGUUAUGAAAACCUGAACGAUCAACUCAAACGCACUGCUUCUUCUCACAAGCUUUUUUUCCCCGUAGAUCCUGGUCCAGGUGCACAAAUCGGUGGUAUGAUUGGCACGGGAUGUUCAGGUACCAAUGCUGUCAAGUAUGGCACGAUGCGGGAAAAUGUGAUCAACAUGACUGUAGUUUUGGCGAACGGAGAAGUGAUUAAGACUCGGCAAAGAGCCAAGAAAUGUGCGGCCGGUCCUGACUUGGGGAAGCUCUUCAUUGGCUCUGAGGGGACUCUGGGGCUAGUGACUGAGGUGACGCUGAAGCUACAGCCGGUCCUGCCGACUUCCGUCGGCGUAACCCAUUUCAAAAACGUUGAUGCUGCGACGAAAACCGUCUUGGAGUUAAUCAAGGAGGGCGUCUCGUUGGCUUGCAUUGAAUUGCUUGAUGAUCAGAUGAUGAAGGCUAUCAAUCAUAGCUCGAGUGGGCUAAAUUGGGAUGAAAAACCUAGUUUAUUUCUCAAGUUUACCGGGACUUUGGAACAAAUCAAAUCGGAUGAAGAACUCACAGUGAAGAUUCUGAAAAGGAGCGGUGGAUCGAAGAUGAGAAUAGCAAAAACGGAUGCGGAAGCUGAGGAGAUCUGGCACGCCAGGAAGGUUUGUCUCUGGUCAACACUCGACUACAUGCCUGGUCAUCGGGCAUGGACGACUGACGUCUGUGUGCCGAUAUCCCAUCUGCCGCGCCUGAUCUCAGAGACAAAGACGGACAUCGAAGCCCGGAAUCUCAAGGCUACGAUGUUGGGACACGUCGGAGAUGGGAAUUUCCAUUGCAUAAUCCUCUUCAAGGACGAGGAGGAACUCGCGAGAGUCAGGGAAUGCGUUCAUCAAAUGGUCGAACUGGCCCAAGAUCUCGAUGGCACUUGUACAGGAGAACAUGGUGUCGGCAUCGGAAAGAUUGUUCAUUUGGAGAGAGAAUUAGGGAAAGGGACGAUUGGGGUUUUGCGGAACCUUAAGAAAACUCUGGAUCCGAAAAACAUCUUGAAUCCUGGGAAACUGAUUCCUCCUCCUCCAUAGUUGAGAUUUGGGAUGGGUGUAUGGUGGAGAGCCUUCAAGAUACCUCAGAGAAAGGAUUUCUGGCUGAAAGAGAAACAUCACCUUUGGACUCAA